AUGGCUUCUACCCUUCUACAUUCGUGCUUUUCAGCACUUCAUUCUUCUUUUCUCAACCCUCUAUCCCUGCUGCUUUUUUCCACCAUCACGCAGAGGCCUCAACCCAAGGUGUAUCCCUUACAGUCUCCUGCCUUCCAACGAGUCACGGCCGAGCUGCAGCUUGACUCUCACAGCGCAUACUGGUGGUAUACGUCCGGACUGCUCGUCAGCGCCUUGCUUGAAGAGGCCGGCUAUUCAUCUGCUGCCCAGUAUCGCAUCCUGGUCUUCUUCGGUCGCACGAUCGCACCAUAUCUAGGGCCUAUCUACCUUCCUACUCCGCAAUGGCACAGUUUCAUGACCGACGAUCAUCACCCCAUCGAGCUCAGCUGGGACUGGCACACAGGCCACCACCAACCUCCUACCAUACGCUUUUCCAUCGAACCUGUAGGCAUCCAUGCCGGCACCCCGGCUGAUCCUGAGAACCAACAUGCCGACCUCUGCUUUCGCAAGGCGCUGGCCGCAGCUCUACCCCUGCCAGAAACCCACAUGGCCUGGUUCCGACACUUUGACAAUUUCCUGACGCCCAAGACCCCAACGGGCACGAGGCUGAUGGAAGGCCACCCAUCCAAGAUCUUCUACGCCUUCGACCUUUCGGCGAACGCGGCCGUUACCAGCAAGGCCUACUUCUUCCCGGGGUUCCAGGCGCGCGCGACCUCCCAGACUAAUCUCGAGGUAAUCAGCGCUGCCAUCGCCAGCGCCCCCGGCUGUACUUCCCUAGCGGCCCUCCAGACCUUUCAAGAAUUCGCGCGCGACCCGCGGACCCCACCGCUGGAGAUGGACAUGCUGGCCAUCGACAAUGACCCGCCGGCUCAGUCGCGGCUGAAAAUCUACUUUCGCAACCGCGCCACGAGCUUCGCCUCCGUCCGUCAAAUGAUGACUCUGGGCGGCCGGCAGUCAGGCACGCAGGACGAUGACAUGACCCGCGGGCUCCAGAACCUGCGGAGCCUCUGGGACGCUCUGUUCGAUCAGGCUGGCGCGCCAGACACCCAGUCCCUCGGCAGCACAGGCCAUCGUACCACCGGACUCCUCUACAACGUGGAAUUCCGCCCCGGACAAUCAGCGCUGAAAGUCAAAAUCUAUAUCCCUGUUCGUCAUUACGCCCGCAGCGACGAACACAUCAUGAAGACUGUUCAUGAUUACAUGGUCGCCCAAGGAGGCGGGGGUCCUUUACGACGGGAUUACGAAACCGUGAUGCGGAAGAUGGUGUAA